UCAUGAUUCUUAAGAUUUACAGACAGGACCGGCAUUGAAGUCCACAUAUAUUUGUAAUUACAAAAUCUAUUAUAUACACACACAAAAAUCUGGGAUAUUCUAAUAUUUAACAACAACUAGCCUCCACUAUAUUUAGAAGAGCCCACUCGAAGCAUCACCACGACCACACAAAUCUAAGAUCUUUUCCUCUUGUAUUUGUUUUUAGCAUUACUAUUUUGAUAUAUGCAAGGUUUAGACCCCAAAAAAAAAGAAGAAAAAAUAUAAUUGAUAUUUUCAAAAUUUGAGCUCCAUCUCUUCUAAGCCAUGGGAAACACAUUCCAAGACGAAGUUAAUCAAUAGUUCAUCCUCUGCUUUUUCAUCAAGUUCCUUUGUUCCCUCAAAAGCGUCAAUAAAUGGAUAAAAACGGCAUAGUUUUGAUGCGAAAAUAUGAAUUAGGUCGUCUUCUAGGUCAAGGCACAUUCGCAAAAGUGUACCACGCACGCAACAUAAAAACAGGAGAAAGCGUAGCGAUCAAGGUGAUCGACAAACAGAAAGUUGCGAAAGUCGGAUUAAUCGAUCAAAUCAAACGAGAAAUAUCAGUGAUGCGUCUCGUUCGUCACCCCCACGUCGUCUUCCUCCAUGAAGUAAUGGCGAGCAAGACAAAGAUCUAUUUCGCUAUGGAAUACGUUAAAGGCGGUGAGCUUUUUGAUAAAGUCUCUAAAGGAAAGCUUAAAGAAAACAUUGCUCGAAAAUAUUUCCAGCAAUUGAUCGGAGCAAUCGAUUAUUGCCAUAGCCGCGGAGUUUACCACCGCGAUCUCAAACCGGAGAAUCUUCUUCUAGACGAAAACGGCGAUUUGAAAAUAUCGGAUUUUGGCCUUAGCGCGUUGAGGGAGUCGAAGCAGCAAGAUGGCUUGCUUCACACGACAUGUGGAACACCUGCUUACGUGGCACCUGAAGUGAUAGGCAAGAAAGGUUAUGAUGGAGCUAAAGCCGAUGUUUGGUCUUGCGGGGUUGUGUUGUACGUGCUAUUGGCUGGAUUUCUUCCGUUUCACGAGCAAAAUCUUGUGGAAAUGUAUCGGAAAAUCACGAAAGGCGAAUUCAAAUGUCCGAAUUGGUUUCCUCCCGAGGUCAAGAAGUUGUUGUCUCGGAUUCUUGACCCUAACCCUAAUUCAAGAAUCAAGAUUGAAAAAAUCAUGGAGAAUUCCUGGUUUCAAAAGGGUUUCAAGAAGAUCGAAACGCCUAAAUCUCCCGAAAGUCAUCAGAUCGACUCACUGAUCAGCGAUGUCCACGCAGCUUUUUCCGUAAAACCGAUGUCUUACAACGCGUUUGACUUGAUCUCUUCGCUGUCUCAAGGAUUCGAUCUCUCGGGUUUGUUUGAGAAAGAAGAGAGAUCAGAAUCGAAGUUUACAACGAAGAAAGAUGCAAAAGAGAUAGUGUCGAAAUUCGAGGAGAUAGCAACAAGUAGUGAGAGAUUCAAUUUGACGAAGAGCGAUGUAGGAGUGAAGAUGGAAGAUAAGAGAGAAGGAAGAAAAGGACAUCUUGCGAUUGAUGUUGAGAUAUUUGAAGUGACAAAUAGUUUUCAUAUGGUUGAGUUUAAGAAAAGUGGAGGUGAUACAAUGGAGUAUAAGCAAUUUUGUGAUCGUGAGCUUAGGCCUUCUUUGAAAGAUAUUGUUUGGAAAUGGCAAGGAAACAACAACAAUAGCAACAAUGAGAAGAUUGAAGUGAUACAUUAAAUGUGUUUUUCAUCUUAUAUUUUUCUGGAUUUGGUUGUUUUUCUUUAGAUCUCCGUGUAAAAGAUGAGAUUUAUGAUAAUGGCUGCAAUCAUCAUCACAUAUCUUAGAUUGUUGUUGAUUUAUUUAUUUAAUUAAUUGGGGUCAAUAGUUACACAAAGAUUUGAAGUAAAGAAAAGUGACAGAAAUAAAUGGAUUAAUAAAUUGUUUAUGG